UGAAUCAAGUUCUGAGGAAGUAUCUGGCCUUCCCGAUUCAUUCUUUGAUAGAGGACUUGUAAGGCCUUCUGUCGCUCCGACCCAACCACAAGCUGCUCCAAAGAAACGUAAGGAAAGAGUCGUCAUGGAACAUCCUAACCGGAUGACGGUAGAAGUUCUUAGUUGCGACGAAGAGGAUGAAGAGGAUAUGGUGCCUCUCAUUCGUCGGCAAAUAUCUCGAACUUCUACUCAAGCUCAAACUCAAGUUUCUCCCCGAGCUGAGUUACGCACCAAACAUCGUCAUGAAGGUUCUGGUGCACGCCCUCUGAAGAAACAGAAGAAAGCUGUUUCUAAACCGCGCGUUCAUCUUCCUGCUGUAGAAGAGACAUCCGGUCGUAGUGUUUCUUCUGAUGAACAAGGUAGCGAUUUGUUUUUAUAGCUUUUACACUUUUUUGAUGUUCAAACUUAUUUCAUGUUCAACUUCUGCAGGGAGUCGAGAGGAAGGAGAAUUGCCAGCUGAUGCUGCUUCUCCCGGAGGUAUGGAAAUUGAGGAAACAAGCUUCGUCCAACAAAUGCAUGAUGCUCUGAAGGAAGGAUCGGCUGAUGUUCCACCCACUCCUGACGUUGAUCCAUCAGCUGCGGACACAGUCAAAUUAAAAGAAGCAGGUACCAGUAGUGGAGCUCUCGAAUCAGCCCCGACCAACGAAGAUGUCACAAUGCACGAAUCUGUUGGAGGAGAGACCACGCAUACAACAGAGGUCGAGGAAUUCAAUGAACAUCACCUCGAUUUCAAUCUCUCUGAAGGCGACCAUGAGUAUAUCUCCGACUUAUUAUCGGGGAAAACUCCUGGUGCAGCCACGGAAUCCAGUGUUGGAGUCGGUUCAACAGAAGCAGGACCAGUUACUGGAACUGAUACUACUAUCAUCACCGAAACAUCUGAACAACCGGAGGAAUCUCCUCUUAAAGAGUCUCUUAGUUUGGACCCGCCGUCCUCUGAGACUUUAGUUGAAAAAGUCCCUGAUGUAGCGGGUGCAUCAACAGCUACCAUUCCUGAACCAAUCUUGACUGUUCAGGAAUCCAGAUUAUCAUCCUUGAGCGAACCAAGUCAUGCUGAAGGUUCUUCCGUCGAAUUUGGUAUGCUUUAG